AUGCUACAAGGUUUCUUCAGCAAUCCAUUUGCCUCUAAAGUCGAGAUUUCAACCGAAGUAACAGACUUCCCCGAAGCACGAAGAAUCCUCUUUUUCCUACUCAUCGACUGGGGUAAGAGACUCGCGGACCCAAAAGACGACUGUGUACCUGUUAUUGCUGAUAUAAUAGAAGGCCUCGCUCAACAAUUCGAUAUUGUAAAAAUGACCGCCUACGAAGAUGGCGCCCGUCCAGGCAAGUGCUUCGGUCUAAAGUGCGAUGUUAUCCGAGCCACUCUUCAUGAGGUUCGUAUGCGGCUUACAGAAGACCCUGAAAGCAGAUUCCACAUGGCCGAAUUAGUAAAUAUGAUCAGCAAGCAUGUUGGACGACUAUCCCUGAACGGAUAUGAUGCAGAGGACGUUUUUGCUUAUAGACAGGAUACUAUGGUGGACCUUGUACAGAAACGAUUCCAAGAGGAUUGGCCGACGCUAGAAGAGGGUUCUGUGGCUGAGCGCAACCAUUUCGAGCUGUAUACCAACUGGGACCGUCUUUGUGUCAUUUUGCCAUCUUGUCACUGCCUGCAAUGUGGACGUAGACGGCUCGUCGAUGAUAAUAGGUAA